AUGGAGUCUGAAAAGAUAAAGCAAUUAAAUGAGGAUAUCGAAGAAUUAAAAAAAGUAUUAUCUACAGUAGUUCGAGAAAAUGUAAAAAGAAAAAUAAGUCGAGUUAUAGAAGAUAUAACAGUGGAAAUAGCUAAAUUAAAACUUGAUGAAUUUCAAAAACCUAAUAAAAUAAAUAAUAUAAAUUCAGAUAAAAAUGAUAAUAGCAUAUCAUAUAGUUCUGUUCCAUCUUUUGCUUGGAAUCAAGAAAAAAAUAAAGUAACUGUAUUUUUAACUAUUAAAAAUAUACAAAAUAUUAGCCAAGAAAAUAUAAUAUCCGAAUUUAAUGAAAGAGAUUUUGAAAUAAAAAUACAUAACGUUGAUUUAAAAAAUUAUCGAUUUUGUAUUAAAAAAUUACAUGAUAAAAUUAUACCAAAUAAGUGUUCUAUAAAAAUUAAAAAGGAUCUUCUUCAAGUUUAUUUAAUUAAACAAGACAAUAAGCAUUGGGAUAAUCUUCAUUAUAAAGAGUCUCCUAUGUCAAAAAUACGACCACCUAAAAUGAAUGACCAAGUAGAACCUUCAGCUAUGCUUAUGGAUAUGAUGAAGCAAUUGUAUCAAGAAGGUGAUAGUGACAUGAAACGGACAAUAGCAAAAGCUUGGUGUGAAGCAAAUGAAAAAAAAAAUGAUUUUGUUCCCCCUGCUUUUUAA